GGUUGGGGUUGGGUAUAAUAUGUACUUCGAUUUGGGAUGAGAACCUGCUGUCAGUAUCUAGUUGCUCUGCCACUUCUGAUAAGGACAUCUAUACUGCCUUCCUUAGGACCUAUCAUCUUCAUGUCUCUUUCCUCAUUGCCCCUAAACACUACAUUUGCAAAAUCAAAAAGAAGGAGCCGUGUAAGUUGACGUCACACUCCAGGGGUGCAUCCAGGAAGGCUUGGCGGUGGCUGUUACAGGAGCGGCGCUGCCUGCCGAAGCUUUGCCGACACGCGGCGGCUGGGCCAGCUCCAACGUCUCUGGUUGUUGGUUGCAGCAGCAACAUCAUCAGCUCCUCCAACCUGCAACUCCAAUUCCCAGCACCUCGCUGUACAAGCACAUCCCCAUCCAUCUUGUCGCCAGCCAUCGCCAAUCGGCUCACACGUCGCGAUGGCGCCGACAAAGGACACCCCCUUCCGCUCAGCGGACAUGAGCAUGGUCCAACUCUACAUUUCCAACGAAAUAGGCCGUGAAGUUGUCAACGCCCUGGGCGAACUUGGCCUCGUCCAGUUCCGCGACCUCAACGGCGACCUAAGUGCUUUCCAGAGAGCUUAUACCAAAGAUAUCAGACGCCUCGACAAUGUUGAACGUCAGCUUCGCUACUUCCAUUCUCAGAUGGACAAGGCCGGCAUCCCUCUCCGCAAACUUGACCUGGAUGUUGAGACCCUCGCCCCUCCGACCACCACCGAGAUUGAUGAGCUGGCCGAACGAUGCCAGGGCCUCGAGCAGCGUGUUUCGGCCCUGAACGAAAGUUACGAGACAUUGAAGAAGCGCGAGGUCGAGCUCACCGAGUGGCGCUGGGUCCUGCGUGAGGCUGGCGGCUUCUUUGACCGUGCCCACGGCAGCGUAGAAGAGAUUCGCGCCUCGAUCGACAACGACGACGCCCCGCUCCUGCAGGAUAUCGAACACAACGGCGCUGCCGAUGUGGAGCGGUCCUUCUCCGGCAUGAACAUUGGCUUUGUAGCUGGUGUCAUUGCCAGAGACCGUGUUGCCGCCUUUGAGCGUAUUCUCUGGAGAACUCUCCGUGGUAACCUUUACAUGAACCAGGCCGAGAUCCCCGAGCCUCUCAUCGACCCUUCCACCAACGAGCCCGUCGCCAAGAAUGUUUUUGUCAUCUUUGCUCACGGCAAGGAGAUCCUCGCCAAGAUUCGCAAGAUCUCAGAGUCAAUGGGCGCUGAGAUAUACAAUGUUGAUGAGAACAGUGACUUGCGUCGGGACCAGGUGCAUGAGGUCAAUGCUAGACUUAACGAUGUCCAGAACGUUCUCCGCAACACCCAGCAGACUCUCGAGGCAGAGCUCACUCAGAUUUCUCGCGCCCUUUCUGCUUGGGUGGUACUGAUCGGCAAAGAAAAGGCUGUCUACAACACGCUCAACCUCUUCUCCUACGAUGGUGCUCGCCGCACUCUCAUCGCCGAGGGCUGGUGCCCCAAGCACGAUCUACCCUUGAUCAGGUCGACCCUCCAGGAUGUGACAAAUCGCGCUGGUCUGUCAGUCCCAACCAUCAUCAACGAGAUUCGCACCAACAAGAAGCCUCCUACUUAUCUCAAGACCAACAAGUUUACCGAAGCAUUCCAAACCAUCGUCAACGCCUAUGGUACCGCCACUUAUCAAGAAGUCAACCCUGCCAUUCCCGUUAUUGUCACCUUCCCCUUCCUGUUCGCCGUCAUGUUUGGUGAUUUCGGUCACGCCAUCAUCAUGCUCUGCGCUUCGCUGGCCAUGAUCUACUGGGAGAAGCCGCUCAAGAAGGUCACCUUCGAGCUCUUCGCCAUGGUCUAUUACGGACGCUACAUCGCUCUUGUCAUGGCUGUCUUUUCGGUCUACACCGGCCUCAUCUACAAUGAUGUCUUCUCCAAGUCCAUGACACUGUUUAGCAGUCAGUGGGAGUGGGAUGUUCCUGAAGGCUGGACUGAGGGUGAUACACUUGUCGGCAAGCUGAAGGACCCCAACUACCGCUACCCCUUUGGUCUUGACUGGAGAUGGCAUGGCACUGAGAACGACCUCCUCUUCAGCAACAGUUACAAGAUGAAGAUGAGUAUCAUUCUUGGCUGGGCUCACAUGACGUACUCUCUUUGCUUUUCGUACAUCAACGCCAGGCACUUCAAGAAACCUAUUGAUAUUUGGGGCAACUUUGUACCUGGCAUGAUCUUCUUCCAGGCCAUUUUUGGGUAUUUGGUGGUUUGCAUCAUCUACAAGUGGAGCGUGGACUGGUUCGCCAUUGGACAGCAGCCCCCUGGAUUGCUCAACAUGCUCAUCUACAUGUUCCUCCAGCCCGGUUUCAUCGACAUUCCUCUGUACAGCGGUCAGGCGGCUAUCCAAAAGUUCUUGCUGUUCUUCGCCGUCCUUCAGGUGCCGAUUCUCUUGUUCCUCAAGCCCUUUUAUCUGCGCUGGGAGCACAACCGCGCCCGGGCCAAGGGUUAUCGCGGGAUCGGCGAACGAUCAAGAGUUAGUGCUCUGGACGAGGAUGAUGAGGGCCAUGGAGCAAACGGUCGUCCCAGUGGAGAAAGUGACGAGGGCGUUGGUAUGAUCGCGCAGGGUGUCGACCACGAAGAUGACGAGCACGAGGAGUUUGAGUUUGGCGAGGUGAUGAUUCACCAGGUCAUCCACACUAUUGAAUUCUGCCUCAACUGCGUUUCCCACACGGCUUCCUACCUUCGUCUCUGGGCCUUGUCUCUUGCUCAUCAACAGCUGUCGGCUGUGUUGUGGAGCAUGACCAUGGGGCCCGCACUGAAGAACGGCAAGGGCAUUGGCGGCGCCAUCUUCCUUGUGGUGAUCUUUGCAGCCUUCUUCUGCCUCAGCUGUAUCAUCUUGAUUAUCAUGGAGGGUGUGUCGGCCAUGUUGCACUCGUUGCGUCUUGCGUGGGUCGAGUCUUUCAGCAAGUUUGCCGAGUUUGGUGGUUGGCCGUUUGCCCCCUUCAGUUUUGGGACGUUGCUAGAAGAGAAUGAGGAGUUGAAGGAAUAUCUGGGUUAGAGUGUUUUUUUCCUUUUGUUUUGGGACUCUUUCUCUCUGUAUAGUUAGGGUUGAUGAUGGAUGAGAUGGACGGACGGAUUGUAACUGUAUUAGGCAGGCGGGCGCUGAUGUGCAUACUACAACGAGUUUUUUUGUUAGCCUGUUUGAGUUGUGCAUUGCUUUUCUUGUGUUUGACAAGAAAUUGAAGUCUUGGACCGCCGAGGGCGGAUUCAUCUCUCUUCUCUUGGGCGUUGGGCGUGGUC